GCCUUCCGAUGUUUUUGCGGGUUUGUGUAGGUGAUGCGGACAGGGUUCCAGUUGAGCAUGUAAAGUGUGGUUGAGCCUAUUUUUAUCACCACUUUUCUGCCGAUUCUUGGCAUUCUCUGGUUCAGGCGCCCACACCUUCAGCAACCUCCUUAUUCACAAUGGCGCCUGUCUCGACAGUGAAGAGAUCCAUCGUCAAGAAGCGCGUGAAGAGUUUCCCCCGCUUCCAGUCUGACCGCUAUAAGCGCGUGAAGUCAUCAUGGAGGAAGCCUAAGGGCAUUGACUGCCGUGUGCGCCGCAAGUUCAAGGGCACCAACACUAUGCCCAACAUCGGCUACGGUUCGAACAAGAAGACACGUCACAUGUUGCCCAAUGGAUUCUUUAAGUUUCUCGUCUCGUCUCCCAAGGAUAUCGAAUUGCUCUUGAUGCACAACACUAAGUUUGCAGCGGAGAUUGCGCACAACAUUUCCUCCCGGAAGCGUCGUGAAAUCCUGGAGCGAGCAGACCAACUUAAUGUCCUGGUGUUGAACAGAUCUGCACGUCUCGACACAGCUGAAGACGAAUAAACUGACUUUGCUGGAGGACACUGCGUUUGACUUGUGUCUAGUGGGUUUGCACUAGUGGGUGCCGUCACGCGUGCGUGUCCAUAACUUGCUGGAGGUUAAACUUGAAAAAAACCGUGCGUCCCUUCUACUGAAGAGUCGUAACGACAAUCGACAAAGUGUCCUAUCUGUUUUAGGAACGUCCUGUACCA